AUGGCAGAAGUAGCAUUAACUCAGAUAGACACUGUAGCUCAAGCAGAUAAUCGUAUUAUAGCCGGCUAUUAUGCUGCAUGUGAGAACUUCAAAGACAACACAGUUGAAAAAUGUCCGGGUCAAAAGAUUGCUGAGAAAAUUUUGGAGCAUUUUCCAUCAGCUGUCUUUAUAGUGGUUGACAAUAAAAAUGUCAUGCAACAUCUAGACACACCAGCAAUCAAAAUACAUAAAUAUUGUGAUGGCAAAUGGAAACCAAAAGAUGUUCACAAGGUGUUAUUUCAGACUCCAUAUGUUUUAGAGACAGUCUCGCAUCUAUUACAGGCCGGAGUGCAAAAAGAUUUAGUUGAUUUUGACAACUAUCUUGAUGAUCUCUCACAAGACUGGACAAAUUUAGGAAUAAUGAUUUCAAAGACCAUAGUAAUUCAA